GAAAGCCAGAGUUGGAUUUGAGGUCAUGAAACACAAGAUCGCAGAAACGUUUGACCAGGACAGAAUCGAACAGCAGAAAGAGCAGUGGGAGAGGAUGUUGGUACUUCUGAGCUUGCUCCUCUAAAAAUAGAGCUAGAUUUAUUAUGGAAGAUUAGGAUCCUUGGACCUUUUUAGAUCCUUGGACCUUUUUAGAGAUAGACCUUUCAACAACCAAAAAUUCUGCUAUUGUAACGACAAUCCAUCUGAAACUUGUUCCUCUUCAAUACCCACCCCCACCCAGGUCGAGUUCCGUUCCUCUGCUUCCGAGCGCAAGGAGAAGUUCCAGAGAGCUGUUUCACGUGGUGCGGAAGAGCUCUCUCAUAGUAUCGAGAAGGAGAUCGUCCAUGUGAAGGAAGAGGUGAGGCAUAAGGCGGAUGAGAUGCGCCACAAAGCUGGCGAAAUGAAGCAUAAAGCUGGCGAGAUGAAGGAUGAUUAAGGCUCAGUUCUCCAAUUCAUUGUCAUUGUGAUUUCUAGAACAUAAUGUUAAUGCCACUUCUCCCUGUAAGUAUUUCCUUUUCUCCCUAAGUGUUCUUUCCUUUUCUCCCUAAGUGAUCUUUCCUUUUCUCCCUCCUAAGUAUUUCUUUUUCUCCCUAUUUCUUUCUGCCGACGAUGAAUCCUUUGGAGAAAUCAUGUACGCAAUAAAUGCAAUUUUUUGAGCUCUAAGCUGAGAUAUGUUUGGCCACGUCGAGCAUCAAACACUCGUUGGAUGAUCUGAUAACCCAGAGUCCUCCGAGCAAGAGAAAGCAGGUUGCGACAGACAGGCUUACGGACAAUGAGAAUCUGCCGGGAUUAGAAUCAUCUUCGUCUUUGAUUGGAGAUCCUGGUAGUUUGCGUUCGAGUGUUUCCGGGUCAUCAACUACUGAUCAUACAACGCUUACCAGUAGCAGUACCUCCACUUCAUCCACGUCUUCUAGCAGUAGCAGUAGCAGUACAACAUCAACGUCUUCUUCGUCACAUACUACACCACCUGCUUCACACACAUCCUGUUCUUCACCUUCGCGGAAUACCGCUGGCCUGAGCUCUGCUUCUACUGGGGUGUUCAUGCGGAUGAGAGGUUGGAGCACCUUUUUUCGGAACAUAACACCCAUUUGAGUUCCUUCAGUGAUGAGAGGUUGGAGCACCUUUUUUCGGAACAUAACACCCAUUUGAGCUCCUUCAGUCGAGUGCUGAAAGCUGCAGUUACUUGAAGUUUCGGCUUCCUGUGCAGUUACUUGAAUUUUUUUUGUCAUAAAUCUAGCGAAUACUACAUUUUCCAGUAGCUUCGACUUCAUCGUCUUAAAAACUUACGCAGAUCAUCUUCAUGAUGGGUCGAUGCGACUUCUACGUCCCAGUACGUAGAACAACUGCUCACACUGGUUACACUUACAGCUACACUCGUCAAGCAAAUACUAGUUAUUGUGACUUGUGAAGCUGAAGGCCACAAUUCAUAAUUCACGAUCAUUUUCAUAUCACAAAUCACAUCUUCGAGAUCUAGAUUCAGCUUCAGCAACGCCUCCGUGCGAUGUACCUUAUGCUCUUUGUUCGUUUCUUGCCUCGAUUGUUAUUUAUAGUUUGGGUACGGGACUACAGAACUCUAUAUCCAACAUGUCAUGUCGCUAGACAAGCAAAGACUUUGACGUUCUUUUUCUUGAGGGGAUCAAAUUGUAUACGCUUGGAUCAAAUUGUAUACGCUUACGAAUGAGAAGGAUGAUCGGCUCUUCCUGUGCCAUCAGAGGACCGCGAAGAACGGCAUGGCCGUGGGCGUCCUCUCCCCUAAUAUUUCACUCAU